UAAAAUAGGCACAAAGAAACCAAGAAUAAUAUGUUCUACUAGAAAACAGAAUCAGGUUCUGUCACUAAAUGGAGAAUCAGAGUCUUCAAAUUGAAAUGCAAACCAGCUCAUCAUAAACCCUUUUUGGCCCUUCAAAGUUCUCUUUAUUUCCUUUUAAGAUAGUCUUUUUCUUGUACCAUUUUUCAUCAUCUGUGACUUUAUCCUUUGUUUCUCUCUUUUUCUCUUUCUCUUUCUUUGUUCUUCUCCUAGUGAUUUCAUGACAGUGAAGUACUUUUGCAUGGUGAUGAGGAUCAACAUCGAUUGUAGCGGUUGUUAUAGAAAAGUUAAGAGAGUCCUUCUUGAUGUGCCAGAGUUGGAAAUCCAUCUCCUAGAGAAGAAGCAGACAAGGGUAAUUGUGGGAGGAAGGUUCAUACCACAAGAUGUGGCUAUCAUGAUAAGAAAGAAGACUAAUCGUAGGGUUGAGAUUUUGGACAUACAAGAAUUUAGUGAGGACAAGGAUGCUGAACUAACGGAAGACCAUAAAUCAAUGACCAAUAAUAAUAACUGGACUCUCUUAGCCACCCACCAGCAUCAAAUUGAAACGUGUUUGGUUUGAGAAUGAUUAAUUUCUGCGUCAUAUUUAACCCACAACUACUCUCUGAAGUGUACAUUUAUUGAUCUUCUCAUCUUUAACUAGAUUUUUUUCAUGAGUCA